AUGCCGAAAAACCUUAGAAAAUCCCUUCAACGUUACUUUAGCAAAAUCAAAACUCAACAUUCACAUCAACUCCGUUUACCCUCCAAGAAAUGGAUUAGUAUCAAAAGUUGCACACAUCCUAGAACUCCGUCUUUCUCGAUCGAAAACAAAAACAACAAGGACGAUGAGGCCACCCUAGCCGAUAUCGAUCAAUUUCUCUUUGAAAAUUUUAAGUCGUUGUUUCUUGAUGAUCAAGAAGACGCUCAACCUAACAAAAACACUAAAUGUGGCGUCAUGUCAGAAGAUGAAGAAGAUAAAGAUGGAGAAAAAACUCGUGAAAAUAAAUCUUCAAACUUAGGGCGAACUUUUUUUGAUUCAUCCGAGGGAGGGUCACCUUUGGAUCUUAAUGGAUCCAAUAGAUUUUUUACGCCACGUGGCUUCUCGGGAUCCACAACAACAUCAACAACAAACACAUUUGAAGAAACGGGAUCAUCCUCAAACUCGUCAACUUCAAAAACCUUCAAAAUUGAUUCGUCUUCAAAGGAAACGAAGAUUCCUAAUAAUUGUGUUGUAGUGUUGGCGAGUUCGCCAAAUCCUUACGAUGAUUUCCGCAAAUCUAUGCAAGAAAAUGUGGAAGCUAGGAUUACGAAGAAUCAAAGUGUGGAUUGGGAUUUCAUGGAAGAACUUUUGUUUUCUUAUAUAAACAUGAAUGAGAAGAAAUCAUGUAAGUUUAUACUAAGUGCUUUUUGUGACUUGAUUAGUGUCAUGAGGCAGAGUUCAGACACAGAACCGGAUACGGAUCCAGAGAAGCCGCGAAGCGUUCGGACCAUUCGAAAGGGGAGGGAUGUAAGGAAGAAGAAGAAUAAAGUACUAACAUUAUAG